GUUUGGAUCAAUUUCAUAAUCGGUCACACUUGUUGAUUAGGUCUUAGUUACAGCAAAGUUACAGCCUUUUGAUUUGGUAUAUAGGAGCUUGAAUCUCACGACUCCAAUGAAUGUGCCAUAUGCUACACAGAACGUCAUAGCUGCGAUUCAGAUUGUCAGCGUCAGCGUCAUCGCAGCAGGCACAACACAUCAUGCAUCAUGUACCACCACUCCAGCCUACUCUCGCCAUAUACAAUUUGAUUUCCAAAGUACCGUAACGGUACCUUCUACCCACACACUGACUCUCAAUCUUAGCCAGAACCCCAAUGCUUUGAGGGACGCGAUCCAUAGACGAG